AUGGUCAAGCCAGGCGACCCCAUCCCCGACGUCGAGCUCCUCGAGGGCGCCCCCGAUAAGAAAGUCUCGCUCGCCAAAGAGCUGGCCUCCGGCAAGGGCGUCAUCGUCGGCGUCCCGGCAGCAUUCAGUGAGUCCUGCAGUGCCAUUUCCCCACGAAUCCGCUCUCCUGCUACAGCAUGCGCCUGGCUCGGUCCUGUACAACCUCCGGAUACGGUACAUCAUGCCGGGCGGCGCCGGUACAGAGCACAGACCACAAAGCAGCAGCCAGCCGAGGGCAUCCCGAAUCACCGGGCGGGAGAAGGAUAGGGCAGCAUUGAUGAGAAGCGUCUACGGAAAGAGAAGUACCACACCACGCUGACAUUGACAGGCCCCGGUUGCACCGCCCACCAUGUCCCCGGAUACAUCAACUCCAAGCACCUCGCCAACAGCGGCAAGGUCUUCAUCGUCGCCGUCAACGAUCCUUUCGUGUACGCGCCCCUCCUCAUGAAAAAUAGUAAGUAGUACCUGCAAUCCACCGCUGACAUGCGCCGUACCAGCAUGAAAGCCUGGGGCGAGCACUUGGAUCCCGGAAGCAAGAGCGGCGUAAGUCCCCCUUCGAUCGAACACCUCGCCUCAGCCCGCUAUCCGAAUGCCUCUGCCCGUCCCCGGAUAAUCCCUCGAUCCUCACUGCAUGCUCACCACCACCACUCCCUCCACUUAUUAGAUCCGCUACCUCGCCGACGUCAACGGAGACUUCACCAAGCAACUCGACGCCCUCUUCUCCGCCCCGGGCGUCUUCGGCGACCCCCGCUCCAAGCGCCUCGCCCUCGUGACGCAGGACGGCAAGAUCCACUCCGUGCACAUCGAACCCGAUAACACGGGCAUCAACGAGAGCGCCGCCGAGAAAGUCCUGGGCGCGUGA